AUGGAUGGCGAGAAGAAGACCCACGAGGUCAACUCGGCUACGUCGACAACAUCAGACGUCGGCGUUGGCGUCCACGAGGAUGCGCCUCAGAAUGUCUCUUGGGCGAGGAAGAUUCUCUAUCACCUUUGGGACGCUGAUCAGUAUCUCAAGAGCCCCCAGGAACGCGCUUUGGUUCGGAAGCUGGAUUUCGGCAUCUUGAUUUGCGCAACUCUCGGCUGGUGGAUGAAAUACAUUGACCAGAGCAACAUCACAAAUGCCUAUGUCAGCGGGAUGAAAGAGGACCUGAAGAUCCAGGGAAACGAGUACACUUAUAUGCUCAUGUGCUACACCAUUGCCUUCGCCAUCAUGCAAAUCCCUUCAAACUUGAUCGCACUCAAGAUCCGUCCUCGCUACUGCAUCGUGUUUUGCGAACUCGGAUGGACAGCCUUCACCUUUGCCCAAGCCGCAGCUCAAAGCAGCAACCACAUGUACGCCUUCCGCUUCAUGAUCGGACUCUUCGAGUCCGGCUUCUCGCCCAUCAUCAUCUUCCUCCUCGGAUCGUGGUACACCAAGCCCGAGCUCGCGAAGCGCGUGGCGAUCUGGCAUAUCACCGGUUUCUUUGGGCAGGCGACGUCUGGGUUCCUGCAAGCUGGUAUUCACAAAUCUCUGGAUGGGCAUUUAGGUAUGGCGGGUUGGAGGUGGAUGUAUAUUGUUUGCGGUUGCAUGUCACUCCCUGUUGCUCUCUCCGUGUGGUGGCUGCUUCCUGAUUACCCGCAUAACACGACUGCGUGGUACAUCACGGAGGAGGACAAGCAGAUUGCGAUGCAGCGUGCGGCAAAGCAGGGUAAGGCCGAGAUUACAGGAGUCGUGGACAUGAAGCUCCUGAAGCGCAUGUUCGGGAACUGGCGCUGGUGGAUCUUGUGCUUGAUGUACAUCUUUUACGGCAACUCGUGCCAGGCCAACAACUACUUUGCCAUUUACCUCCGCGAGAACGGGUACAGCGUCACCCAACGCAACGUCAUCCCGGCGUGCGCCAAUCUCGUCACCAUGGUCACGGACUUUGCGUGGGGCUUCAUGUCGGACCUGACUGGUAACAGGCCCUUAUGGAUUAUUGGUCCUCUUAUGGGCACGACUGUCGCCGGCUCUUCCAUCCUUACUGCGUACCCGCCGACGGAUGCUGCGCGGGUAGCCGGUUUCUUUCUUGUGUCUUGCGGUUAUGUUACGGCUACUUGGGCGAAUGAGGUGAACAAUGGGAACGCGGAAGAGCGUGCUUUGACGAUUUCCAGCAUGAAUGGACUGUUCUACGCGACUAACUCCUUCUUGCCUAUCCUCAUCUUCCCACAGACUAUGGCACCCACUUUCAAGCGUGGCUUCCCCUCUAUAUUGUCAUUCGCGCUCGCGGCUGUGGUUUUAGUCCUCAUUGCGGACUUCUUGCAUAAGCGUCAGUUGCGACAAGAGGCACAGGCUGCUGACGAACAGCCUGCUUCCGAAACUGUCGUGGAGGGAGAAGUGGACAAGAAGGAGAAAGAAAUGGAGGGGAGACUUUCCGGAGCUAUUGAACCAGGCAGGAACUCUUCCAGUAUCAUUUGGGCAGUGAAUAUUGGAGGGGCAAACCCAGGGUUGGACGUAAAUGGUGGCACUCGUGGUUCCAAGUCACAGCUAGCACUGUUAUGCUACCAAUCUGAAAAGUCUAGGAGAUCAUUGGAAAUUUCGAAGAUUGGUGAAGUAGAUCAGUGUCUGAUGCAAGAAUUAUAUUGA